CUUUAAGGAAGUAUGACUGGGCAGGGGUUAACACAACAAUUUAAGAAUAAUCAUAUAAACUAUCAGGAAAUAUCUGAAGAAGCAUACAAGCCUACAGAUAGCUUGCAUCAAAAUGUUGAAGUUUUGGUUAAUUCAUUUGUUAACGUUGACCAACUUCUGUAUUGCAGAUCAGAUAUUUAACUUUGGCUGUGAUUCUAACAGUUACAACGAGAAGCCAGCUUUUCUUGCAUUUGUAAAGCAGCACCUAUCCAUUCCUAAUGAACAAAUCAUAAAGUUUGAUGACGUCGAGACGAACAUAGGAAACCAUUACAAUCCCUUGUCAGGAGUGUUUACUACACCAAAAGACGGGCUCUAUGUGAUGGGCUGCUUGAUACAGGCACAAGCAGCUAAUGAUGUUCAUUAUAAAUGGAUGAAAAAUGACACUUUAAUCUCAAAUGGACAUGUUGGCAAAACAGAACAUGCUAAUUCACAAACUCAGAGUUUUGUAAUAUCAUUAAAGAGAGGAGAUCUUAUUUCUAUUACGAAAACUGGAGGCGGCAAUAUUCAUGGUGACCGCUAUUCCUAUGUGUCUGGUUAUCUGUUAAACUGAUGUUUUGUGUCACAACAAUUACAGACACAUGUUUUUAUACAGGGAUUAAAUAUACUUAAUACAAGUUCUGAGAAAGACUUUAGAAUGCACUACACAUGUCUUAAAAAUUGCUUAUUUAAUAACAAAAUAAUAAGUUUUGUCUGUAUUAAUCUUAUAUAUCUAACAUUUAAAGACCAUUCUAAUAAAAAUUUAGUUUCACAAGCCUUUUAACCUUUUUUUCUGCUUCCUUUCAGAAUAGGUGUGAAGCAUGAAAUGUGAAAGGUGUUUCAUGCACUAAACAUCCAGUCGACCAGUAUUCCUACUGUAAUCAUAUGAGACCUUGUAGUGAUGCCAUUAUGGCGAAUUUAUUACACUUCAUGUUAAAUUUCCUGUUUUUUAUUGGUUUAAAUACAAGAGUAAAUUAAGUUAAAUCAAUUCACCUGAGUAAUAAUUAAAAUGGGUUCACCUUUAAGUCUAAUAGUCAAAAACAGUGUUGUACUCCUUAAUAAUACACUUCAUACUAACAACCUUUUAUUGAAGCAAAUUGUUAGAAUAGUUUACCAGUUGAUCAGUCUGUGGAAAAAGAAUUCAAACUGCAAUUUAGUAAACGGUUUAAGCCAUUGCUAUUGUGACAACCUUAGCCAUGUUAGCCCAUUGAAUAAUUAGCUACAAGCACAGUAAUAAAUUUAAAGACCUAUGCCUAUGGGAGACAACUCCUGAUAAAUUUAAAUUUUCACACUACAUUAAUAUAGAUUCUAGACAUUUCUUCCAUUCUUAAACUAGGGAGUGCAAUUAAGUAACAAACAAAUUUUUGUGGUGAAAUAUCCAAUCAAUUUCAUCUCAUCAGAUCACUUUGAUAUUAUUUGGAACUUAGAAUUCAAAAUAGACAGACUGUUAGAGAUAUAAGUAACAUGUGACAUAUUUUCAAAAUGAUUUGUAUAUUGUAAAAAUAUUCAAAUAUCAAAGGUAUAGCAUGUGUAAUUCAAAUCAAAUAAUAUAAUGUUUACAGUUUACCUAGAUCUUGCUGCUGUAUAUGGAAAAAGUUGUCAUCUUUCAACUUCAAAUGAUUUAUAAAUUCUGUAACAGUUUCUGGAGAGUUCUGUGGCAUAAUCACAACUACAUCUCCUGGUGAAUAACUGAAAAAAGGAUAUUUUUUUUCAUUUCUUAGUUGAUGAAUAUGAUUGUAAAUGUUGUUUUAUCAAAAAAAUAUCUUUUCCUACU